AAGGCAGGACAACAGAAGACAGGACAACAGAAGACAGGACAACAGAAGGCAGGACAACAGAAGGCAGGACAACAGAAGACAGGACAACAGAAGACAGGACAACAGAAGACAGGACAACAGAAGACAGGACAACAGAAGGCAGGACAACAGAAGACAGGACAACAGAAGACAGGACAACAGAAGGCAGGACAACAGAAGGCAGGACAACAGAAGACAGGACAACAGAAGACAGGACAACAGAAGGCAGGACAACAGAAGACAGGACAACAGAAGACAGGACAACAGAAGGCAGGACAACAGAAGACAGGACAACAGAAGACAGGACAACAGAAGACAGGACAACAGAAGACAGGAACAGUCAGGGCAAUACAACAUAAAACUGCAGAAGACAGGACAACAGAAGACAGGACAACAGAAGACAGGACAACAGAAGACAGGACAACAGAAGACAGGACAACAGAAGACAGGAACAGUCAGGGCAAUACAACAUAAAACUGCAGAAGACAGGACAACAGAAGACAGGACAACAGAAGACAGGACAACAGAAGACAGGACAACAGAAGACAGGACAACAGAAGACAGGACAACAGAAGACAGGACAACAGAAGACAGGACAACAGAAGACAGGAACAGUCAGGGCAAUACAACAUAA